UCUACCAGGCUUCCACUCCCUCUUCUGGCAAGCAAUCUUGAUCUUAUCUUUCGAGAUCUUCACUGGGAUAUCGCAAUCCUGGCGCUGACGACAAUUCCGAUUAGACCGAGCCUUGCGCCAAAGUUAGGGAGUGAGAAUAGUUGCGAGAACUCCUAUCCAUCAUGGCAUCUGCCGCAAAGAAGCUGCCCGGGCUGUCGCUCGUAGUGCCCGUCGUUGCGCCCCUCGCCGUCGGCUCUAUAGGAUAUGCCGCCUGGCGCGUCAGCUGGAUUCCCCUCAUGAAGUCAUUCAUAAUGGGUCCUGGUCGCACUUCGAGGAUACUGUUGCUGCUGUUUGUCCUGUUUAACUGGAAGAACAUGCCAUUCGCGUGGACCUAUCGCGUCUUCUACACCAUUUUCUACCACAUGUCGUUGCGCAAGUCCCCGAAACACGGCCCCAAUGCGCUCUUCAAGCCCAUCAUCACUCCCUCGCACUCGCCUAUCCUCGAGAUCGACUACAACCUGCACAAGUCCAACUCGACCUACUUCGCCGACCUUGAUAUCUCGCGAACCCACCUCGUCUCGUACCUCGGCCGUGCCUCCAUGGCGUCCCUCUCGCGCAACUCGCAGACCAAGAUCGUUCUGGACCCGAAGACGGGCGCCCCGGUCAAGGGCCCCAUCGGCAUCAUGCUCGGCGCCGUCGAGUGCAGCUUCAAGCGCGAGAUCUCCGCCUACAGUGGAUUCGAGAUGUGGAGUCGCGUGCUCUCCUGGGACCGAAAGUGGCUGUACAUCGUCACCCACUUCAUCCCCAAGAACGCUGCCCGGCCGACUGAGUGGCUCGACGCCCGCUGCGCCAAGAUUCGCAAGCGCGGACCCAAUGAUCCUGCUGGCGGCUGGGAGAAGAAGAUUUACGCCACGGCCAUCAGCAAGUACGUCUUCAAACUCGGCCGCUUCACUGUGCACCCAGCCUACGUCCUCGGUGGCGAGUCGGGUCUGCUACCAGAGCGUCCCGGCGGCUGGAUGAGCGGCGAGGAGCAGGUGGGCGACAUGUCUGUGGAUGUGUCGGAUGUUGAUCUGUCGGUCGAGGGCGAGUGGGAUUGGCGUCGAGUCGAGGCGCAGCGCCGCAAGGGUAUGGAGUUGGCUUCAAAUUUCCACGAGCUGGAGAAGUUGCAUGAUGUCUUUGAUGGCGGCAACAACGGAGCGUUGGGCAAGUUUGGGCCCUAGAGAUCUAGACCAAGAGGUGGAAUAAGAGAAGACGAACGAUAAGAAGAUGGAAAAAGACAGUGCUGACUCGGAUAGAUGGCGUUCAAAGACGGAAUUGGGGCAUGGAAACCCCGUGGGUAAUGUUGCGGAGAGUUGGCAAACCUCUAAUAUUAAGUAUGCCAUUUAUAUAGCAGACCUGCUUAUGAUGUACAUAGAAUUGCGCAUGAAGAAUUUUACG